AUGGAUGAUGUCAUGGCACCACACAAUCACAUAGCACCUGGCUAUGUGAUGGCAUCACAGACAGCAAGUGAAGGGCAAGCUUUGACAGUGAGAUUCAUCACCAAGCGAUUUAUCGGUGAUUAUGACCCAACUCUAGAGAUGAUUUACAGGCACACAGCUGUCAUCGAUGGAGAGAUGGUACAUUUUGAAAUUCUUGACACGGCCGGACAGGAGGAAGAUUCUCUGCAAAUUGAGGAGAAGAUUAAGUGGGGAGAUGGCUUUGCUGUGGUUUACUCUGUCACUGACAGGUGUAGCUUUGAUGAGGUCAUGAGGCUCUGCUUUCUCAUCAACCACAUCCACUCCAGCCCAAAGCGGAGCAGUGGCAAUGGAGAGCCGCCCGUGGUGAUUGUGGGGAACAAGAAGGACCUGCAGUUCGACCGAAUGGUGUCCUCUGAGGAUGGUGAGAACCUCUCCAAGGCCUUGAAGCACCCCUUCUAUGAGAUCUCUACCAGGGACAGCUAUGAGGAGACUGUGACAGUUUUCCACACCUUAUACAAUGAGCUGAUGAAGCAAGGGCUUUUCUCCCCAGGGACUUUCAAGAGGCGAGCUGUGUCCAAACUGAUGGAGAAGAUCCCAAAAAUCCAUGCUAACUCAACCCUGACCUCAGGUGGCAGGAGCCUGAGCUUCAACUCCUUCAGAGACUACAUUCCAGAGUGAACUUUUCCCAUUGGCUGCUGUGAAGUGAUGAUGCAUGCAGGGGCCAGCAGGAGUUAGGAAGGAAGAGGCUGCAGAACUGGUUACAUGGCCAGCCCAGAGGCCUGGAUGGUUCAGGAAAGGGCACCCUUCUUCUUAAACCAGGGAGCUCAGAGGAUGAACCUAGACUUAUUAGAGUAGGGGUGCUGCUGGAUCAGAGCAGAGGUCCAUGUGGUUGAGCAUCCCACUUUCCCUGGUGGCCAGCCAGAUACAUCUGGGAAGCCAACCAGCAGAAUGUGAAGGCAAGAGCCUUCCUCAGCUCUUGAUCCUGAGCAGUUAGUCUUCAGAGUUAAGCUGUCUCUAUGCUUACAGGUUUCAUUCAGCCAUCGUGUUCCACAACCACUGAACACCCUGAUCUACCCAUGAAAUUGUCUUCUAUUUUCAAGCCAUCUAUGGUAGAGCACAUCACUGGAUCUUGCGGCAGCAUGUUCCAUCCUUAAGGCUGACACAUAGCACUUUUUUCUUUAGAGAUUAAUCUUUUAGAUCCCAGGUGGAGGGUUCCUGUGAAAAGUCUUUUGGUUGGCUGGAAUUUCUUUCCAAUUCUGGAGCCCACCAAAACCAGGAAAACUGGUUGCCAUUGCAGAAAAGAACUUGGGUGCUGAGUUCAACAGCUCAGCCUUGCUGAAUAUCAGCCUCUUUUAUAUGGGAUGGAGUUUCCAAGAAAUGGCUAGAACACUGAUUAAAGUCUGCCAGGUUCUUGCUGGUACAUUGCUCCACUGGCACAGCAUUCACAACUCAGUCCAACCUUUUCUACAGUGGAUCGAGCCUGCCGGCAUCAGCUUUGGAUGCCGUACAGCAGCACUUGAGAAUAUUGAAAACAUUGCCUUGGGUCGAGAUUUGGGCAGGGGGGAAAGGUGGGCAAUUCUCUAUAUUUGGUUCUAAUGGUAACGUGGAACUUCAUGGCAGGGGGCAGACAAUGAUUGCAGGCAAUGUGGCAUCCACAGAAUCACCGAGCUGUAGUAGCCAAAUGCCUGCAGGAAAAGGUCCUACAGCUCUGCACAUGCCCCAGCCAGCAUGGGUCUGCUGAUAGGCUUGUGCCCCGACAAAGCUCCCCACACUCUACCUGGAGACCCUGCUAAAUAAGUCGAAUAACAAUACUCCAAGAUCUUCUCUGUUUUCUUGGUGGAUAGAUGCCACUAGCAGGGCACAGCAGAUUUCUCUGAAGCCACCUUAGCGUGUUUGUUCAUCUAGCCCAACACUGUUGACCGUGACUGACAGCCACUCUCAGCAUUUCACGUGCCUGUCCUCUGUCAAGGCUUUAUCCAACAUGCUCAUUCCCUGUUUUAAAAACAAAGUUAAGUGGGAUUGAACCUGGAACUGUUUGUGUGCAAAGGCUGUGCUCUGCCUCUGUGGGAGGCGCUCUCCCCGGGUUCUUCUUCCUUCCUUCUUCUUGGAAGGCUGCUUCUGCCAUGCUAAUCUUCUGUUCAAAGGCUCCCAAGCAUUUACUGUUGCGAAAGGGGAGAGGACUGAUUCAUCAGCUCCGCUUGCUCUGCAAAGGUUUCUGCGUUGCUUAUCAACCUGAAACAUGGCAGCCUGCCUGCCACCCACCCACCCAGCUCCUUCUCAGAGGGGCUCACAGGGCUUCUGUGUGGGCUAUACAAAGAAGCUCCUUGUGUCUCAAACACGCAGAUAUUUUAUGUACACCUUGAGGGAUCUUUCUGAAAAUAAGAAACAUGCCUGUUCGUAUUUCUCUGGCUCUGGAUCAAAACCUGAGGACUGUUUUGCUUAUCUUUCUAGUGUCUCAUAAGAGAUAGACCUGCCGUCUCUCAAGGAGUUGAAAAGGUGGCCUUCCCUUGAAAUCAAGUUAGCUCUCAAAUCAAACAUUUUUGCUUCACUCCUCUUGCCUUGUAGCUGUGUGGCUUUGUAAUUGCAUUUCAUAUGGUAAAAUUGUAUUAAAUUAUCUUCUACUGUGGUCUAAAGCAGGAGGAAUAUGCAUACAGUACAGAAAAUAGGAUUUAGCAAAAUGUAAAAAGGGUUAGUGACACGUUUAAAUGCACGAAGGCCAGAACUAGGUGCUGCUGUCCCCAAAAUCUGGAGCUUUGGGUUGGUGCUUCUUCCAGCUAAGCAGAUGCACGGCCUGUCCUGUAUUGAGCUGCAGGUUCCUCUGUGCCCACUGCACUCCACUGCCUUGACUGUUUGCACUGGCCAAAUUCAGUGGGUGCAACUAUUCUCUGUAGGGAGAGGAAUGUGUUAUGCCUGCCUGCCAUGUAACCAUUCCUGAUGGAUGAUGAAAAGAACAAAAAAGAUGGGACGGCAGUGGAUUUAGCACCACAAACAUGGCUUGAAUACCCAGGGAUUCAAACCCGGCCUUUAAAAGCAAACACUCAACGCCUGGAUGGAUGAAUCUUCCUACUUUCUGCUGGGGUUUCUUUUGACCUGAGGUUCUUUCCAUCUUGUUUAUGGAGACAUUUGUGAAUUUUGGUAAGCUCUUAGUAAAAAAAAUGAACCAAACAAAACUCACCCAUCCCAUCAUGGCAUAUUGAUUUCAGUGCGAGCCAAGGACAAAUUAUUUGGCCUGUGGGUUUUAAAUUCCAUUCUUUUAUGUAUAUAGAACAAAUCUGCAGUAAAUAAGCUGACUGCCAUUACUAAGCCACUGCUUUACCCACUAGCCCUCACUCCUAUGACACUAGCUUAAGUGCCCAUAUAAAGGCCUCAGGAACUAAUUUGUCCUCCUACAUCCUGUUUUUUUCCCAGACAUGGAGGAACUGCAUGGACCAAAGCAGCCUUUGGAAGUGGAGGUUAUGAUCAGAUCAAGCAUGCCAUUCCUCAUCAGAGAGCAACCUGGUGCCUGCCACUCCCAGAAUUUCUGCUCCUUGGCUAUGCUUCACUGGGGCUGAUGGGAGUUGUAGCCCAUAAUAUCUGGCAGCACUCAGCUGGGGAAGGCUGCCGUAGCACCCAACCGCAGGAGCUGGGUAGUGGCCGGGGAAAAGGCGGGCAUUUUUUCCACUCCUGAUGUCCCUGUGGCUACCGCAGGAAGCCAGCUCUGCAGAUUGUGCAGCCCGUAGUGAUAUCUCAGGUAGCCACAUGGACCAAGGGAGGCCCCUGUGUGUUGAACUGCCAGCCUACCCUGGGCUGUGAGUACAGGGAAGUCUGAAAUAGUCGGUCCAGUGCCCAGAAGUAGAGCUGUCUGGACAAUUUGUCAGUCACCAUUUGGCCUGCUCCUGUGUUUUCUUUCAGAAGGGGGCAUUCACACAAUGACGGAAUUUACAACAAAACUUCUCUCCUUUUAUUGUUGUCUAAGGUUAUUAAAGAAACCAUUCUUUGAUUAACUACUGGCACUUGGAGCUCAGUAACAAUGGCCAGAAUUAGGAGCGUGGUUUUCUAUUUUCUCCUAAAUUAGCAUUGUUCUGUUGUGAUUACUGCAGCUAUCUCAAGAGAAAGGGCAAUUUGAAAUAAAUUUCUCUUCAAAUUGAAACUGUUAAAGGACAUAAGAACCAAUCCAGAGCUCUGUUAAAAAGAUGGGAGGGUGGAAACUCUCCGUUCCCUUUCUCAAGAUACUGAGCGCUUUCAGACAAGGCUUUUAAUGUGCAAAUUGCCCUGCCUCCUUCGGAGACUUUUAGGGAGAGUCCAGGUGUUGUCUUCCAUUUGUAAUCCCUUUCAGUUUCUCCACUGUUUCAUUUUAUUUUACUGGAAAAAAUCCAUUAAGGAAGAAAGCUGGAAUAGCUGCACCAUGUAUUUUGAUAGGUAGCCGUGGUUGCCCUGUGCCUGAAAGCACUUCUGCUUUAACACAGGAACAGAUUUCAAAAGCUAAAAUGUCAGUUUGUUAUUGGUUUCUCCCCUCCUUUUAAGUAACCUGGAAGCACUGGGCAAAGCCUACCUAUUUGUGAAAUAGACUUAUAAAAUGGUUUGCUUGUGCAAUAAAAUGCUCGAUGUGUUUGUCCCCACUCACACAAACCCACAUUCAGGGAUUCUGCCUUUCCCAGGUGACCUGUCUAAGAACUGAACUCUGUUUGAUAGCUGUAGGUAGUAUUUGAGAAGACUGUACUUUAAGACAUGAUUGUCAGUAUUUGUUUUCAUUAAAUGAUCCUGGCAAAAGAGGCCAGAUUGACUAA